ACCCAGCAUUAAAACAGCAGCUCAUCAGUGGACAGGUGUCUGUAUAAUCUGAACACGACACGAUGGAGCUUCGUUUGGUGCAGCUGUGUCUUCUUCUGUCUGUGUGCGGGUUCAGCUCUGUGCUGGGCUGCAGGUGGAUCAAACACAAGUUUCAGCAACACCAUAGAGUCUCUGUGGAUCUGAUCAGAAAGAUGGGUGAGAAAAUCCAUAAUGACCAUGAAGAUGUCAACCCAAUCCCGUAUGAACUGAUCAAUAACCACAGAAGCGCAGAGCCUGAGAAACAGAUCCUGUUCGUCAUUCAGGCUCUGAAGGAGAUCACUGUCCUCUUUGACGAUGCUAUCGUCCCCUGGGAUGCUAAAAAACUGGAAGAUUUCUUAAAUGUCAUGCAUGAGGAGAUUGACGGACUGCGCUCAUGUGGUGCUUACAAAAUGAAGAGGAACAAAAAGUUGCAUCUGUAUUUUGAAAGACUGAGACGAAUGGCAGAGCUGAACACGGAGGGUAGAGAUCACAGCUGGGAGAUCGUCAGAAAACGGAUCAUAAGUUUCAUGAACCAGCUGGAGUUCUUCUCUUUCAACACUCAUGUUUAAGAACCGGACUUCUAGAAGCAUCACUCCAUUUACAGAAAAAUAUAUAUUUCAGUUUUUUUAAUCAGUGUUUACACUUCUUUUUAUAAUGUUAUCUUGUACAGUUGUUUACAUUGUUAAUUGUUGUUUUUUUAAUAUUUAUACUGAUAUUUGACU